AACCAUCUUCACUUUACUCUUCUCCAUAACGCUCUCCCACCCACGCAACUCUCUACUCCCCCAUCCAAACCAAGACUCGCACUCGCCAUAAACCCAGAACAAACAAACGAGAUCGACUAAUCACCAUAACCCUCAAAAUGGCCGACGACAACCCGGACGUGGAAUCCACCAACAAGGCCUUCGUGCCCCUCGAAAACAACCCGGAAGUAAUGUCGCACCUAAUCCACCAACUGGGCCUGCCCGCAACCCUCGCCUUCACAGACGUCUACUCGAUCGACGAACCGGACCUCCUCGCCUUCGUGCCGCGGCCCUCGCACGCCCUGCUCCUCGUGUUCCCGGUCUCCGCGACCUACGAAACGGCCCGCCUCACCGAAGACCGCAGCCUGCCGGCCUACACCGGCUCCGGCCCCACGGAGCCCGUGAUGUGGUUCAAGCAGACCAUCCGCAACGCGUGCGGGCUGAUCGGCCUGCUGCACGCCGUCGCCAACGGCGAGCCGCGGCGGCAGGUCCUGCCGGGGUCGGAUCUCGAUGCCCUGCUGCAAGAAGCGGAGGGGCUGGACCCCGUGCGCCGGGCGGAUCUGCUGUACGAGAGCACGGCGCUGGAGAGCGCGCACGCGGACGCCGCCAAGCGGGGCGACACGCAGGCCCCGCAGGCGGAGGACAAUGUCGAUCUACACUUUGUGGCGUUCGUGAAGGGCGCGGACGGGCGGCUGUGGGAGCUGGAUGGGCGGCGGAAGGGGCCCCUCGACCGCGGGGUGCUGGGCCCCGGGGAGGAUGCGUUGAGUGAGAGGGCGUUGGAGUUGGGGGUGCGGCGGUUCUUGAGAGUCGAGGCCCAGGGCGGGAAUCCGGAUUUGAGGUUUAGUUUGGUGAGUUUGGGGCCGAGUUUUGAUUGAUUGCGAGGAUAAGAUUUGGAGGGGGUUGAGGAGGGGUUGGUCUGUUUGUUUCUUGCCUUUUUUUUUUUUUUUUUUUUUUUUU